UAUAGCUGCCUGUAUGUGUUUGGAUGGAUAGUGCAAAAGAUCACCAAGGACAUCAACCACCUGAGCCACCUCCUGUUCACACCGCUAUCAUCCAGAAGGCGAGUGGUACAACAUUGCUCAUUUUUCUGUGAACGGAAGGGAGUCCGGUUUUUCUUCCCACUGUGUGGGAAAGCCGUUGAUAUUAAAUGGCUUGCAGAUAUGGGACACCCAGUUGUUGGUGUGGAUAUAGCUGAGAUGGGUAUCAGGCAGUUCUUUGAAGAUCAGAAGUUGAUCUGUGGUGAAGAAGUGGUCCCAGCAAUACCUGGUGCCAAGGUUUACAAGUGCCAUUAAGCCACAGAGGCUCCUUGAUGGCCAUCAAUCCACGGGACAAAGAAAAAGUAAGAACACGUGAACUGGACCUCCCUCUGAGAUUCAACAAGAAAGCACAGCUUGUUUUGACACAAGUUGCGUCUGUAACAGGUACGCAGCACUGAUCAUGUCGUCCGUGGACAAGGACUGACGAUACCUCUUGGACACUUAAAAAAAUAAAAUAAAAUCUGAAUAGUUCAAAGGUAAGAUCUUCCCCUGAAAUAACAGCUCAAAUGAUAUUUGUCUUCCAUUUGUUCUAGAUGCAUGUGAGUAGCAUAUUUAUUCAAACAUACAGUAGAGUAUGCGUGUAGUUUAUUAACCUUCCAUUGUCAUUCGUUAACACCUCUCUAUAUGUCCUCCAUUUUAUGUGCCUUGUGUAAACAGACUUUCUGGUGAGUUUUAUUAAUACAAUUGUGUUUGUCAUUGAUAGUACCUUUAUUGAUAUUCCUUUGUAUACCUGUCAUUGAACUGAAUUUGAUAUUUGACACAAAAACCAAUUGAGUGAACUAUGAGAAGAUAUUGUAGGAGAGAAUUGUGGCAAGGUAGUUUCACAAUAUUCAUUUGAUUUGAUAUGUAUUCCAGGGAGGAGUUGUGAUAUUGAGUUUAUACAGUCUUCAGGUGCUCUCCCAGGCGUGAAGGAUAAGGAAUGGGGCUUGGAUGUCUUCAUAGAGAGAGUUCAUCUCUUCACCCCAAAGGCCUCAUAAACAUGAUGUCAUGGGCUUCUCUGAGAAGAGAGGGAGAGAUGUCUGAGCGAAAUGGCUCAUUGAAAAUGAUUGUCAGGAUAUUAGAUGUUCUGUGAAGGUUAGAUGUUGUUAUUAGCUUUGUUGACAGUUUGGAAAUGACCUCAUGUCGAUAUAUGCCAAGUCAAUUCUUUCAUGUGGGAAAUGAACUGAAUUUACAGUGUUUUUGAAAUGUCUGGCAUUUAAAAUAAAAUAAAAUAUA